GUCACGUGGGCAAGAUGGCGGAGCCCGGCAGCGUGGAGGAGAUGCGGAGCCGCGUGGUGCUUGGCGAGUUCGGCGUCCGCCACGUGCACACCACGGACUUCCCCGGCAGCUACCCGGGCUACACCGACGCUUGGGACCCGGUCACUUUCCGCCAGGGUUUCCACGUAGACGUGACCCACAUGGACGAGGGGCUGCUGGAGUUCGAUCUGGUGGGCAUUGAUGCUGCCAUUGCCAAUGCCUUCCGCCGCAUCCUGCUGGCCGAGGUACCGACAAUGGCUGUGGAGAAGGUCUUUGUGUAUAACAACACAUCCAUUGUGCAGGAUGAGAUCCUGGCCCAUCGCUUAGGCCUUAUCCCUAUCCAGGCUGACCCUCGCCUUUUUGAGUACAGAAGCCAAGGAGAUGAGGAAGGCACAGAAAUUGAUACCCUCCAAUUCCAGUUGAAAAUCAAGUGCAGCCGAAACCCCCGGGCAGCCAAGGAGUCCUCUGAUCCCAAUGAGCUCUAUAUUAAUCACAAAGUAUACAGCAGACACAUGACGUGGGUACCUCUAGGCAAUCAGGCAGACCUCUUCCCAGAUGCAUGUUUUCGACCUGUUCACGAUGACAUCCUCAUCGCCCAGUUACGGCCUGGCCAAGAAAUUGAUGUGCUCAUGCACUGUGUCAAGGGCAUUGGUAAAGAUCAUGCUAAGUUUUCUCCAGUGGCCACUGCUAGUUACCGGCUGCUGCCUGACAUCACUUUGCUGCAGCCCAUUGAGGGGGAGGCAGCUGAGAAGCUGAAAAAGUGCUUCUCCCCUGGAGUCAUUGAAAUCCAGGACAUCAAAGGGAAGAAGGUGGCGAGGGUGGCCAAUGCUCGGCUGGACACGUUUAGCCGGGAGAUCUUUCGUCAUGAGGAGCUGAAAAAUAUGGUGCGUCUGGCACGAGUGCGGAAUCACUAUAUCUUUUCAGUGGAAUCAACCGGUAUCCUGCCUCCAGACGUGCUGGUGAGCGAAGCCAUCAGGGUGCUGAUGGGGAAGUGUCAGCGCUUCCUGGAUGAGCUGGACUCUGUCCCCACUGACUGAACUUUGCAAGUCUGAGAAACAGAAGCUUAUGCUGUUGGCCUGGGCUUCUUGCAGCCAUCUGCACGGGUUGUUUCCAGUCCACAUGAGGCAUUGAGACCAUCUACUGUGUGCUCUCCAUUCUCUGUACAGAUUUUUUUAAAACGGAGCUCUGAGGAGGAAAUGCUCCAGAAUAAAGGUCUUCCUGACUGUGCUGUCAGCUGCUGCAGGCAAUGUACAGAGGACAUUUUGAUGUACUACCCAUUAGCAGCAGGCUAUGAAAGUGUCCUGUGGUUCUUGUUCUCCAACUGUGUAGCGCCUGAAGAGAACUAAUAGCAAGGGCAAGUGGACCUUAGUAAAGAGUCUACUGCAAAGUAUUGCUAUUGAAUUGCUAAUAAAGUAAGGGCUGCUG